AUGGUGGACAACUGCUAUGGUGAGUUUGUGGAAAGCAUUGAACCUCCCAUAGUGGUAAGUGAUAAUGAAUCAUGUUGCAUUAUUCCAAGGAUGUCUAGUAUCACAUUAUACAUUGGUGGGCAUGGUGCAGAUUUGAUCGCAGGCAGUCUGAUUAAGAAUCCUGGUGGAACAAUUGCACCAUGUGGUGGAUAUGUUGCUGGGAGAAAAAAAUGGGUUGAAGCAGCUGCAGCCCGUCUUUCUGCAGCUAGUGUUCGUGUCCCGGUUGUGAUACUGUUUACAGGCGUUACUAGCAAGAAUAUGUUACUGGUCGAAAAGCUGCUUUUGAUGCUUUAUAGUUUGGAAGCCGUGAGCGCCUCCUUACUUUCUGUGAAGGCUAUUCAGAGUAGCUCUUCGUUUGGUUCAUACACCAAACCAAUAGCGGGUAUCACUCCUGGAUAUGCAGCAGAGGUGAUCUUUGCUGAUGGAACCUUUAUUGAUGGGAGUACUAGUGAGCUUUCAUGCAAUGGACCUCUUAGAGAGCCAUUUGCUGUAUUUUACCAGGGUGGCACUCAUUGGACUCAAUGGGGCUUAGUUCUUGGAGAAGUUUUGAAAUCUAUAUGA